UGGGCUGCACUGUACAGAGACACGGUGAUCCCUGCUGUGAGCCACCAGCUCUGUGUGCUGAGCUGAGGGCUAAUGGGCCCCACAACAAUGGGUCCUUUUCAGAUUCUGAGGUAGGGAGAGGAAUCAAUAGACCCAGGAGAAGGGCUCAGCUGCUGCUAAGGUGGGAAAAAGGGAGGCUGGAAACAAAGAGGUUGCCCACACCUACUCAUGGCUAACAAAAUGAGUUCAGACAUCACUACUGCCCCCAGUGCCCUCACGACAACCGCUGCUCUGACUACUGCCAAGCCUGGCUUCAUCGAUGGCAUUAUUAACAAAAUACCUUUACCCAAAUGGGCCCUCAUCGCCAUUGCAGUCGCGGCAGGCCUUCUCCUCAUCCUCUUCCUCAUCUGCAUCAUCAAGUGCUGCUGUUGUAAGAAGAAGCACAAGAAGAAGGAGAAACUCAACUUGCAAAACAUCAAUGGCUCGACCACUGCCAGCCUGGUCCAGCCAGAUAUGGAAGAUUUGGAGUCUGGACUCGAGAACGAGAAGCGAGGAAGGCUGCAGUAUUCCCUGGAGUAUAACUUCCGUAGCCAGGAGAUGAAGGUUGGAGUGAAGCAGGCAGCAGAUUUAAAGGCCAUGGACAGCGGGGGGACCUCUGACCCAUACGUUAUUGUCUACCUAACAUCUGAUAUGAGGAAGAAGUAUGAAAGCAAGGUUUACCGGAAGACGUUGAACCCUGUCUUCAAUGAGACCUUCACCUUCCAGAUUCCCCAGGCGGAGAUGUCCGAGUCCACCCUGGUGAUGCAGAUCUACGACUUCAACCGCUUUGCCAAACACGACAUCAUCGGCGAGGUCCGGCUGCCUCUGGGCGACUUUGAUCUGCAGCAUGUGAUUGAGCAGUGGCAAGAGCUCACCGCUGCCAGUAAGAUGGAGCAAGAGCGCCUUGGGGAGAUCUGUUUCUCACUCCGAUACAUCCCCAGCACCAGCAAGCUCACUGUGGUGAUCUUGGAAGCCAAGAAGCUCAAGAGGAUGGACUCAAGUGGAUUAUCAGACCCCUUCGUCAAAGUGCAGCUUAUCUUGAACAAGAAGAAAUGGAAGAAGAAGAAGACAGGUGUGAAGAAGAGCACUUUAAGCCCCUACUUCAAUGAGGCGUUUACUUUUGACGUGUCUUUCAACCAGAUCCAGAACAUCGACUUGGUGAUUUCGGUCUGGGAUCAUGACAAGGUGACCAAGAACCAACAGAUCGGCAAGGUGUUCCUGGGCUGCAGAGCCACGGGCAACCAGCUGCGCCACUGGUCAGACAUGCUGGCCAAUCCCCGCCGACCCAUCGCCCAGUGGCACAACCUGCAGCCGGUAGAAGAAGUGGACAAUGCCCUGGGGCUGAAAUCCCACUUCAAGCUGCCUCUGCCUGGCAAAUAAAGGGAGGCUUCUAUCUCUCUCUCUCUCCACUUGGGAUCAUAAAGAACCUGAGACAAUGGGCAUGCUUGGAUGGAUGGUCUGGAGUGCCAAGGAAAGGCAAGAAGUGCCCGGGCUGGGAGAGUUGGGGGGAUUUUGCUAUGAAGAAUCUGUAUCGAUUAGAUUUGUAGCCAAAAUAUAAGUGAGCAAGAACCAAGUUCCUCAGGCCAUGUUGGGAACUGGUCACUCAUGCAUAUGGCACCUUAGGCUAAUGACAAGAACUUUGAGAGCCCCAGAACCUACAAUCUAUCUCCAGCAUAAAUAUCCUCUGCUUCGAGCCAGUGGAGGGAACUGCGGGGAACAUGUCUUUGUGCUAAAUUUUGUGGUUGGGAGUUGACGCAGAGACAUGUAUACCUAAGGCAGGGUGGGUGGGGAUCUGGAAACAGCCUGGCCUCGGGUGAGGAGGGGGAUACUGGCGAUGUACGGAUACAUGGAGUGGGUUAUUUCCACCAUGACUAGGAGAGAGAAAUACAUGCGACUGAAAAUAAUGCAGUAGCGACACUUCCUUUGACACAAACCUGCACAAUAACAACAAUGCAGUUCAAUGGACUGGCAAGAUUUUUGCACACGCCAAAGAUGCUGAGACAUGGCAGGCUAGGGAAAGACGUGAUGUCAAGGAGUCUGAUCUUCAAAUUGAGGGGAAGAAGGACAGACUUGCAGUCAAGGCACUGGAGCCCUGGGUUAAAUUCUCUGCUCUGCUACAGGCUUCCAGUGGACUUUAGGCAUGUCACCUAAUCUCUCAAUGGGAAUACCAGGGCUGCCCCACAUCCCAGGAGUGCUGUGGGGCACCCACUUUGACACAAUGGUCAUGGGGCUAUGUACCUAGUUAGACAGACCUCCUGCAAAGAUCCCACCCUCAGUUCUAGGAGCCACUUCACAGCCAGUGAGCUUGGUGUGUGUCCAUUACGGUGUGCUCUCCCUGCCUGGUUGGAUGUUGCUGCUGUAUUUAACACGGAUUAACUCCCCUUGAUUGCAGCAUAUAGACACUGACAGGCUCCUCUAGUACUUCUGAGCCUUCCUCUUAUUGAGCGUGAGAAGCCCCCUCUCUGUGGGAGUGCAGUGGGGCGCACUGUGCUAUUCAGUCCAUAGCCCCGGUGAAAAAUGUGGCCGAGGGCUGCUUCAACGCUGUAGACAAGCUUCAUUAUUGCUGUGGUGAGGUGGAUCGUGUGGACCAGGAAAGUUGGGGGCUUGGUGGGAAAUACUGAGAGGUUGGGCAGGGAAAAGCCUCCCUCAAAACAUGCUGGGAAGUGGAUUCCCUCCCACGGUAGCUUCUGCUUAAAAACAAAAAUCAGCUGUUUUAGCUGACAAAACAGCACUGGCCGGGAUUCCCUGCACACACCUGAGACCCUCUAGCUGGUGCUUCAGUACAGACCAGUCUCACUCCAUCAGCUCACCUGCUUGCAUCUGAAUGAGGAAAGACACCUGGGUUAGCUCAGACUAGAGAGAAAACUGCUAAGGGUGCAGUGCUGCGUCCUCGGGGACAUAUCUCUCCUGGUCCUUGAGUUUGCAUUUCAAGGGGCCAUUCAUUCUGGGGAUUUUUAAGGGGUUCUUUGUUUUAGAUUAAGACCUUAGGUGAGUUUUACCCUGAUGCCGUGGAGCACCUCUGCCUGCCUUUGCCAGCCAGGGCUUCUAUUGGGAGAAGACGGAAUUGGCCAGGUGUCAAACCGCAUCUUGGCAAAAACUGUGGGGAACACUGAAUACACUCUUACUCUCGGUGCAUGUAGUGCCUAGCACAAUGGGGCCCCCAUCUUGGCUGGGGCUGCUAAGGGCCUCCAUAAUAUGAAUAAUUCUUAAUUAUAAUAAUUAAAAAAAUCCCUGUGCUAGAAAAACAGAGGUACAGAGCAAUAAAAUCCCGAAUGUUAAAACAGUUCACUCUGCCUGCUCUGCUGUGGAGAAAGCCAUCUGGCCACAUGUUUUCCUGGUGCAGCUCUGUUGACCUCAGUGGGUUUACACUAGUAGUUCUUAUUGUAACCAAAGGGAAUCAGGAACAUAGGUCAAUGGAAUUUGUCCUCCUAACCCCCAUAGGCACUUUUGAAAAUCUCACAGUAAACAGUUUAAGGAGUCAGAUCAUUGUAAAUGAUAAGUGAGAGAAUUUAAAACAGAACAGUUAAAUAUCAUAUCCUCCUUUACUGAUCUGCCAUGCCAAAUACUAAGAGGACAGGAUUUUGGGCCAGAUCCUUGGCUGGUCUAAAUCAGCAUCACUCCAGUGACAUCAGUCAGUGGAGGAUCUGGUCCCUGUAGCAGCUGUUGAUGUUGCUGACUCCUAAAGUGCACUCUCCACUCCUUGUCUGGCUCUAGGUUUCUGUGGUCUGGCAUCAGGUGCUGCUGCAGAAAGAACCCACAACUUGGGGCUGAUCACCUGGGAGGUGGCCUUGCAAAGUAAGCACAGCAUCCAUGUCUGCCAUUGGAGACUGUCUCCAGACCUACACAACCUUCAGGUGACUGGUGUCCUUACCAAUACCAGCAUCCUGCAGGUUACAUGAAAGCAGCCUUUGAAUUGUUUGUGGAGGUUUGUGAUGGCUAUUGUUCUGUCAUGUCCUGAGAAGCCAGAGUGCUUUUGUUUCUAGAUAGGUAACAGGCCUGCCCUGAAGGAUCCUCCAGUGCUGGGGUAAAUCAGGGCUGUACUUUUGCAGCCCUAAUUUGGACUAGGGCUGGGUGGCCCUGAUCAUGGAAGCAAAGCUAAUUUUUUAGUUGAUUUCCUAAUUCUGCAAGGCACUCAGAUGCCACGGACAUCGGUGAGGAAUAAGAUUCUAAAGAGAAUAAAUGUUCUCCAUCUCCAGCUAGCCAGUGGCUGGCCCUAGCAGAGCCUGCUGAUUACUGAGUGCUAAUUGGGCUCCAGGUUUGAUUCUCCAGCAAAAAUUAGAGCAGCCUUCAGGCUGCUCCAAACUAUGCCAAGGACUGUUCCAGUAGCCUGUGUUAGCAGGACACAGACACACCAUGGCCACCUUCCCUUUUCUCUGGUCACACCCCUGUGCUGGGGGCCAGGGUUGGGGGUUGGCAUGGCAGCUAUUACAAUGGCUCUACACCAUCUGGGUAUUUCCCUAUGAAGGAGGAAUCUUUUAGGUACCUGAUCCUGCACUGUACUGCCAGAGCAGAGCAGAAUAGCUGUAGCACAUUAGAAAAUUGAAGCCAUCAUCUCUGAACUUGGUCCCAAAAGUGUAAGGGAGUUUUAAGUGAGUCUAAUUUACACCAACAUCACAUAUUGCCUCUGAUUUUGGCUCUUUGUUUCUUAUGGAGAAAGACCUGCAGGGACAAGCAACUUGCUUGCCUUCGGGGAGGACAGAACUGAAGACAUUAAAGUCUUUGAUUUAU